AUGUGGGUGGUGGAGUUUGUGGUUACUUGUCCCAUCUUCAGGUUUGCCCAGACAGGGUAUGUGGUGAGAGGAGGAGGUGGUGGAGGGAGGGAAGGAGAGUGGGGGAAUGGGUCUGAAGAGGAGGUGGGUGGAGGAGAGAGGGUCGUGAUGGUCCGAAGGGAUUUGUGAACUGUUGGGAUGAUGCUAUUGAUAAAGAGUUUGCAGACUACGUCCCGUACGGCCUCGUCCUGCACCUACUGGGGUUCUUCGUCCCAUUCACCAUUAUCGCAUGGUGCUACUCCCAGGUAGUCAGGACCAUCUUUAGGACCCUGCAUUCCCCAUCCAGUUCCCAGGUGGGGGAAGACGAGGAGGGAGGUGAUGGGCGGUCAGAGGGGCGCAGGGAGAGGACGUCCAUCUCCAUCUCCAGCUCACAGCACUCCUAUUACAUUUGCAGGCGCCGCAAGUCCAUCAAAACCAUUGUCACCAUCACUCUCCUGUUCGCACUCUGCUUCCUCCCCUUCCACGUUACCCGGACACUAUACCUGCUCCUCAGGAGGGGUCAAAUGGGGGGCUGCAACGCCAUGAAGACAAUCUCAAUCUGCUACAAGAUCACUAGGCCAAUGGCCUCCUGCAAUGCCUGGCUGAACGCUCUCCUGUACUUCCUCACUGGAGACAAGAGUGGCCCCUGCUGUGACACGGCCAGUCAGCAUGACCACCACCGCAACCCCUCUCUCUGGCCACUGAGGAUCCUGAGGAGAGACAGAGUGGGAGAGAAGGAGGAGGUGAAGGGAGAAAAGAAGACUGAAAGGGAGAAGAAGAGGGCGAUUCGUUGGAACAAAUACGGCAUCGUUUACGUGUAA